AUGCAACCCCACGAGAGAAACCCUAAGGCUUCCAUUAGAGGAAAUAAGAUCUAUCAAGAGCUAGCCGAGAAGCAUCCAAGGCACACGUAUCAAUCAUAUCGGGAUCGGUACCUCAAAAGGCUCAAGGGGCAUCCACGCCCUGGUGGUAUGCCAGAAACAACAGAUCAACCUGCACCUGAUGAGCCCUCCAAUUUAGCUACUCGCACUGUCCAGUCUGAGCCUCGAGGAGGGUCUGCACAAGGGGCUGAGUCUACUGCCAUCCAAACAAAUGACAAGAAAAGGAAACGGGCUUCUGAGGAUACUCCUGAUGAAGACAAUGUAGACAACCCUAACAAGCCCAGUCAGAAGAAACGAGCUACCGAAAUCAUUAUCAACCUUCCAGACCCUUUCAUCUCCGAACCUCAGACAAAAGUGGCUGCAGUAUCACAUUCAGCGACAGCAUCCAACGGCCAGAGACCAACUCCUGGGGCAACGGAGGCGAGAGAACGUGGGGCUACUCAGGAAUCAAAGGCCCCAGCUAAGGAACCACACCAGCCUUCACAGCCAGACCCUUUGUUUCUAGAGCUCCCAUUUUUGCCUUCGGAUGAUGAUCCUGAAGGCGAAGAUAUGGAGCAGGAUAUCGAUGCAUGGAUCGAUGAACGACUUCAUACUGGAAAGGCUCAGCAUGAGGAACAAAUACACCAAGCACUGCGGUGCACCAGCAUGGAUCCAGAAUUAGCUGACAGGGUCCUGGCUAUCCUAGUAGAAGGGAAACCUAUACCGGAUGAUAUGCCCGGUGUUUGGACACCUGAAGAUGACAAAUGCAUAGAAGGAAAUGAGACUCGAGGCAUCCAACGAGUCAUGGAGAAGCAUGGGACGGAGGCCUUCAACAAUCGCUGGGAGUACCUCAGCAUGGUCAGAGAGGCCGGUCUUCUGGAUACCCUAUGA